ACCGUGCUCCUGCGUCUGUUGUGAUUCUGCUGCAGAAAGGUUUACGUUUUAAAUUGUUUGAGCAUUUUGAGGUUUAACAUAAUUAAAACGAUGCAAACGGUUUAAUUGUUUUAAUAGUUUUUACACGCUAUUAUAAAUGUUAUAACGUUACAUCCAAUAACAAGUAAUUUCUUUAACCAACACAUAUAAACAUUAUUUCUUUAAAGCUCAUCCACGCGUGAAAAGCAAAAAAAAAAAAAAAAAAAAAAAAGUAGGUUCUCUAACUUUAUAUAGUGAAUCAGUUUAUCUUAAACACGAAUGCAGGCAGUGGCAAGUAGUGAUGGAGAAACUGAGUUUAGGAAACUCCGAGUCAACUGAACCAAUUGCUUCUCAAAACGAUUCACUUUUGAAGCGCUCGAAUCACUGCACCCCAUAGAGAGAAAUAAAUAUAUUAAACACAACGACACGCUUACUACACAUGCUGCUCUAAACACUGUAAAUGAAACGAUAAUAACAAAUACUGAAUGGCAACUUUUAUCCCAUUCCACGAUAAAAGAUUAAUCUAUUAUAUAUUUUAUUUGAAUGCUUUGCAAUGAUCGUUUUGAGUGUUCUUUUGGGUUUGGCUGGCAAAUCAAGCCAACUGAAGAACUGACUCCUUGCCAGUACCCUGACUGCAGAACUAGGGAGCUGAGUGAGAUGCAACCAUAGUUUUAGAUUUUGUUUGGAUUUAUUUUUCUUAGUGUAAACUAUUCUCAUUAUAAAAAUGACUGUGUUCACAUACACAGAAAAAACUCCUGGUGAAAUAACUGAGAUCCAUGUGACACUAUUAUAAAGAUGGCAUUUAUUAAAGAGGAGAGUGAAGACCUGCAGAUUGAAGACGCAUUCAGAGUCAAACAUGAAGAUACUGAGCAACAAACAGUUGAUAACUAGGUGGCACCAUUUACCCUGGGUUUACUCCAAGUAGUUCUGAGAGCUGAGGUGCACAUUUAGAUUUACUCAGACACAUAAAAGGUAAGUGUGCAAAGGACUUUCUCCUACUCUCUCUCUCUCACACACACACAGACACUUCUGGACCCUUGCGAUGGCAUAACGCGUCAUCUGGCAGGCUGAAGAAAGGGAGUUGUCUCCACAUUGGUAGAAAACCACACUUUGCUGUUUCUCCCAAUCCACCCAGAUCCAGGAUCCUCUGUAUCCUCCUCACUUUCAGUGGAAGUUGGAGAGGAUGAUGAGGGUGCCACAACCAAUUCAGAAUCUGUCUCUCUUGAGUCUGUGGUGUCAGAGGGAGAAGACAAUACAUCCUGCAGCUCGCUGGAGAGACCUGAUGUUGCUGAAAGAGGAGAAUCAAGAACUGAGUGAAAUGGAAGACAAACAUAAGAAAAAUCAUUGUUUCAUGACUGGAGAAAAAUCCACACAGGCUAAAAAGACCUCACGAAAAAGAGCCCGGAAGACCAAAUCUAAAUCUAACUACACCUGCCGUCAGUGUGGAAAGAGUUUCAAUCAAAAAAACAAUCUUGAAGUCCACAUGAGAGUUCACACUGGAGAGAAACCUUUCAGCUGCCAACAGUGUGGAAAAAGUUUCACUCAAAAACAAAACCUUAAAGUCCACUCAAGAAUUCACACUGGAGAGAGCUCUUUCACCUGCCAAGAGUGUGGAAGCAGUUUCACUCAGAAAAUAAACCUUAAAGUCCACAUGAGAAUUCACACUGGAGAAAAGCCUUACACCUGCAAACUCUGUGGACAGAAUUUUACACACAAAAACAACCUUAAUUCCCACAUGAUAACUCACACUGGAGAGAAGCUGUUCACAUGUGAUCAGUGUGGAAAGAGUUUCACACGCAAGGUAACCCUUAAUUACCACUUGAGGAUUCACUCAAGAGAGGACUGUUUUACAUGCCAUCAAUGUGAGAAAAAAUUCUGUCAUAAAUUAAGCCUCAAGAAUCACAUGAGAAUCCACACUGGAGAAAAGCCUUAUUCGUGCCCUCAGUGUGGAAGGAGUUUUACAUAUAAACCAUCCCUUGAUUCCCACAUGAGAACUCACACUGGAGAGACCCCUUAUACCUGCAAAUAUUGUGGGAAGAAGUUCUCUCAAAAAGGAAACCUUCAGACUCACAUAAGGCUUCACACUGGAGAGAAGCCUUUCUCAUGUCUUCAAUGUGAAAAGAGUUUUACAUAUCAAAGAGACCUUAAACAACAUUUACAAACUCAUUCGGGCAAGACAUAGCAUUGUUUCCUCCGUGUAGUAAGUACACUGAUAAAAAUUAAAAAAAUUUUUAAAAAAUCAUGUGCUUUUAAUCUGAGGGACAAUUUAAUUGUAUGAUUGUAAUUUAAAAAAAAAAGUUAAGUCAUGGAGAUGUGAGACCCUAUUUUGUGUUUGUAUGUGUUUAGAAAGAGGUGUUAACUGAAUCUGCAGUCUAAAAUGUCACCAAAAAAUAUUUAUCUAUGUAAAAUUAUUUAUUUCCCAUCAGUGUUUAAAAUCAGUUGCCACUAGUGCUUGAAGUAGUGAUGUCCGGUUUGCAAACGAAUCGUUCGAUUUAACCAGUUCUUAUUAUGCUGCGUAUUCCACCGAAAUUACCCGGAACAAUUGUACCAGGAACUUGUUUCCUCAGGAACUUGUCUCCCCUAAAGUACCGGGAAGAUUAGGCAUAUAGACUGGUGACGUAGGUCUGCGCACGUUUCUCAAUACAAGAAACGCUGAUUUUGGACGUGCAUCCUCGGUAGUUCAGACUUUGCUUA